AUGAAGUCGCUCUUCUCGCGCUUCAAGCCCGCUGCGCCUGGCACGGGCCCACCACCGGGCAAAUCACGACCUCGCCCCAGUUUCGACGAGAAAAAGCCUGUCCCAGAUGACGACGACAGCACUGUCCGCGUCAAGCGCAAACCGUCCCUGCGGCCCCGUUCGGGCUUGGCCAGCGUCACUGGCGUCACCAAGGCCGCACUGCGAUCCCCGACGCCGAGCUCGACAGCGAGCGCACAGAGCAACACCAAGCACUCAGGUGGAGGCAGCAGCACGGCGGCGCGGGCGGCAACGCGGCACGCGCGUUCCGCAAGUGUCGCGAGCAGAGCCUCAUCGCAUGCACACUCGGACACGAAACCCGCCCCCGCCGUGCCUUCCAAGGACGAGCCGCAGCACCACUCGCAUUCUCUCCCUUCCAUUCCCGACAUUCCGCUCGCGUCUGAUGGGAUGGGGGAAUGGGGCGCCGUUGCGACUGUCGGCGGCGCGGCGGACCGCGCGAGUGCACGCUCGCCGCGGCAUCGCGUGAGCUUUGACAACGUCAAGAAGGUCGCGUUUCAGAGCCCGUCGCGAGGGACAGACACGCCCCCGCCGACAGCAAGCGAAACAGACUUGCGACGCGCGACGCUCCCUGCACGAGUGCCUUCACGUCGGCAAUCUGGGUCUCCCACUCGCCAUCUCCUCAACAGAACUGCUUCCACCAACUCGCGCCCAGAGUCACCCAGCAAGCAGCUCUCCCGCUCCAGCUCCACCACGAGCCACCAGGUCCGCAAGUCUGCACUGUCCAACGUCGACGAGAGCCCGACGAAAUCAACAAAGAGCAGCCUCCUCGCCGACAACUCGGAAGACAACGACGCUAUGUCUGAGAAGAGCUACCUCCCCCAGCCCGAGAGCUGGAGCGCCAUCAUGGACGAAGAGCUCAUUGCCAACCUCGGCCCCCGAGAGCGCGCACGCCAAGAGGUUCUUUGGGAGAUUAUCAACAGUGAAGAGAAACCUUUUGUUGCUGAACGAGACAUUUUGCAAGACACUUCUUCCUCCCCGCGACGACCCCAGCCUGGCACUUCCCGACCCACUAGCGCUGACGCGCACAUUAUCACCCUCGACAUCAUCCGGCUCGCACGAACACCUCCAGACCUCCUCCUCUCCCCUGCAACCUUCCCCGGCCAGCGGAUCCCAACCCUACCUCCCGAUUGCGGCUCAGUUCUCGUCUAA